AUGCCUGAGUAUCUGACUGAAGAACAAAUUGAACAAUUCAACCGAGAUGGAUAUCUUCUCAUACCUGGCUUUCUUGAUUGCACGGAGGCAGAAGUCUUAUUAGCUCGUGCCAAACAGCUCUUGUUCGAGUUCCCAAUCGAGAAUCACCCUUUGACCAAGUUUACAACUAGCGACAAAAAUCACGUCGGUGACGACUAUUUCUUGACUUCCGGAGACAAGAUCCGUUUCUUCCUAGAGGAAGGCGCAUUAGAUGAGGAUGGCAAUUUGACGAGGGAGAAGCAACAGGCUGUGAACAAGAUUGGCCAUGGACUUCACGAGAUUGAUCCUCUAUUCAGAAGAGUCACACUGCAGAACGAACGGAUUCAAUCUCUUGUUCGGGAUUUAAAAUUUCAUGUCGAUCCAGUUGCCCUACAGUCCAUGGUCAUAACAAAGCAACCUGAAAUUGGAGGAGAGGUCCCUGAACACAAUGACUCAACUUUCCUCUACACCGAUCCACCAUCAGCACUAGGGUUCUGGAUAGCGUUGGAACGUUGCACGCCCGAAAACGGCGCUCUUUCCUUUCUACCUGGCUCCCACUUAAAGGCUCCCAUUACCAAACGAUUCGUUCGACUUCCCACUGGUGGGACUGGCUUUGAAUUUCUCGCAACGCCUGAAAUGGAAGCGCAAUACGCCGCGGCUUCUCAAGGGAAAUAUGUUCUCGAAGCGUGUUCACCCGGCGAUUUGGUCUUGAUCCAUGGGUCUGUUCUCCAUAAGUCGGAACGGAAUACGAGUAACAAGACGCGAUUUGCGUACACCUUCCACAUGAUCGAGUCUCCACCAAGAGCGUUGUAUGACGCCAAGAAUUGGUUGCAACCCACCCCAAAUAUGCCGUUCCCGCAUGUCUUGGAUGAACCGAAUUUGAAGCUCGUGAACCCUGCGUUGGCUUGA